AUGCAUAGUAAAACCACUCUUUUGAGUGAAGGAUCUUCAUCAAAUGUAUUCCUAACGGAGGAUUCAAAUUAUAUAAUGAAGGAAUUUAAAUCUAUAUACCCAACAUAAAUGAGAUUAAAAGAAGCCUAAAUUUUAGAAUUUGUUAGAUGUGAAUAUAUUGUAAAAAUGAUUACCUAUACUGAUAAUUAUUUAAUAUUGGAAAGACUAUAAAAUUAGGAUUUGUUUGAAAUCAUAAAAUCAUAAAGUCUAAAUCAAUAAUAAAUAAAAGAAACUUGUAAAACAUUGAUAAAAAUAAUAAACUCAACUCAUAAGUUGUAAGUAGUUCAUCGUGAUAUCAAAUUAGAGAAUAUUUUAAUUGAUAAGAAUGGAAGAUUAAUUUUAUGUGAUUUUGGAUUUGCAGAGUUACUAUCAAAUUGUGUAGUUAAAAGGACAGUGGGUACUUUAAAUUAUAUGCCUCCAGAGUUACAUUAAGAAUCAUUAUUAGGAGGAAUGAAUAGUGAUAACAUAAGUACUCAAAUCCUUAUAAAAUCUGAUAUAUUCUCACUUGGAGUUACACUUUUUUAAGUUAUUUUUAGAUUUCAACCAUUCACUUCUACUAAACCAAAUGCUAAUUGUAAGUUAUGGAAGUUCAUUAAACAAAAAAAAUGGUCUUUAUAUUGGACAAUUAUUUAAAAAUUAUGUAAGUUUCAAAUUGAACCUGUUGUAUAAAAUUUUUUAGAAUAAUUUUUACAACCAGAUAUAACAUCAAGAGCUAAUUUAGAUGAAAUAUAUUGUCAUCCAUUUUUGAAUGAGUCAAAAGAUGAUGUUAAUUUAAUUUUCUGA